GUUCCGAGAACUCGCCCUUUGUCGCCUACACCAAGAGCUUCCACGAGUGGCUUAACAACCCUUCCUGCCAGUGCUGGGUGGCUGCUGGGUCCCUGAUUGUGGGCGUAUGCCUCACUUGGGACGGGCCCCAGGUGUGGCAGCUGCUCUUCACGCUGGCGCUGUCCUCUGUUGCAGCGGCCAUGGCUUGCUACGAGGCAGAGGCUCAGAGCCUGGGCGUUUUCUCCGUGGGCACGCUGAUGUGUCAGGCGGCGGUGACGGUGGGGCUGGCGGUGUACUGGGGCUUCGAGGGUAGUCAGGUGCUGUUGGGCUCGUGCAGCGGGUUUGCAGUGGCAUAUGGCCUUGGGGCUUGGGCGCGGGACCUGGAUGUGCACAUGCCGGGCAUAGCCAUGGUCUUGUACCUCUCGGGCGCUGCGUGCGGGGUGUUGAUCUUCACCACUUGGCGCCGUGCGAUGCUGGCGUGCCUGGCUCCGGUGCUGGGCGGCUUGUUAGUGGCCUCAGGCGCCGGGGUCCUGGUGGCGCGCACCGGCCUGCGGACGCCCUUCCUGCCCAAGGUGACUGAGGACGGUGAGCACAGCGAGCCUGGGCCUUGGGCGGCUCCUCCCCUGCAAAAUGAACAAGCCUACGGGAGCCCAAAGCACUCCGCCGACUCCCCGACCUUGUCAGCCAUGAUGCAGGCGGCCUUCGUUGCCCCCAGCACCUUGUCCGCCGCACGCGAGGUCCAAGUGCGGGCGGACGUGUCGGCCUCGGCACACGCGCUGCGCGGGCAGAGCUUCGUGGGCACCGACUCGGACCCCUCGGUGAGGUAUGCGGCGGCCUCCAUGGGCGCCAUGUGCGUGGCCGUGGGUGCGGUGCGCGCCUUCGAGCGCAAGCGCUCCCGCGCGGUGCGCAAGGCGGGGUCCUACACCCCGGCCACGCCGGUCGUGGCCAGCCCCCAGGAGACCUACCAGGAGAUGGUGGACAAGGCGGAGUACCUCAGGGACCAGCCCUGGGUCAAGACCUUGCACGCCGGGGUCAUGGGCGGCGCCUACGUGGGCAUGGCGGGCCUGCUGUCGCUGAUGGUUGGGGGCAACAUCACCAGCAACUUCAUCAACCAGAAAGCAAUCUUCGCGGCACUGUUCCCCAUCAACCUGCUGCUGGUGCUGCAGACGGGGGGUCAGCUCUUCACCGGGAACUCGGCCACCAUGGCAGUGGGGGUCUUUGAGAAGAAGGUGACGUUGAAGCAGCUGAUGCGCAAUUGGGCGAUCGCCUACGUGGGCAACAUCAUCGGGUGCUUGCUCAUCGACGCGGUGGCCAGGUACACCGGAAUGUUCAGCGCCGGCGCCGCGGACAUGGCGGUGCACACCGUGAUGAAGAAGUGCGGGUCCACCUUCGGCCAGACGGUGGUGAAAGGCAUCAUGUGCAACUGGCUGGUCUGCAUGGCGGUGUGGCUCUGCACCAUGGCGAAGGACCUCACGGGCAAGAUGGUGGGAGUGUGGUUCCCCAUCUCGAUGUUCAUCGCCAUCGGCUUCGAGCACUCCGUGGCCAACAUGUUCAUCCUGCCCGCCGGGAUCUUCUCGGGGGCGCCUUUGAGCUGGGCUGAUGUCCUGGUGAAGAACCUGAUCCCGGUGACCAUCGGCAACGCCAUCGCCGGAGCCUUCGUGGUGGGCGCCGGCAUGUCCUUCUCCUUCGGCCGCCUGGGAAAGAAGGAGGACUGAGAAGCGGAGAGGACUUGGGCGCAAGUUGAGUUGGGGAACAAACCCUUUGAAGAUGUCCCCUCCUCCCCUGAUUUACUGAGGGAACCCAACAAAUUGGCA